GGCGCCGUGAGGAACCCGCUCCGCAGCGUACACUGCCGCGAGAAGAGCCGUCCCGGCCACCCACUAAGUCACAGGCAGAUGAAAGCAAGCAGCAGGUGGAGCCAACAAGCGACAGCAAGCAGCCACAUCAAGCCACCCCCGAAGGCGGUCCCCGGGCAGGACCAGGACACCCUGGACACGGACCAGAACGGCCAACCUGGCGGAAGGCGGCAGGAGUCCGGAGGACACGGGGCAGAAUUGCGGCCUCACCAAUGGACCUUAUUGGUUUUGGUUAUGCAGCCCUUGUGACGUUUGGAAGCAUUUUAGGAUAUAAGCGGAGAGGUGGUCUUCCAUCUUUGAUUGCUGGUCUUUUUGUUGGAUUUUUGGCGGCCUAUGGAGCUUACCGUGUCUCCAUGGACAAACGAGAUGUUAAAAUAUCACUAUUUACAGCUUUCUUCCUGGCCACAAUAAUGGGUGUGAGAUUUAAGCGUUCUAAGAAAAUAAUGCCUGCUGGGCUGGUUGCAGGUUUAAGCCUCAUGAUGAUCCUGAGACUUGUCUUACUGUUGCUGUGAGCAUCCAGAAGAACCGAAAACUAAAUUCCUGUCAUUCUACUGUAAUGGGCAGAGUAUUCUUUGUACUUAAAAGAUAAAUUUCAAUAUAGAAUGUCAAGUCUCUUAUUUUAUGUCAGAAGCAAAAGUUAUACUGUCUCCUCUAAGAUGAAUAAAAGUUUAAGGUAGUUUUUUUUUUUAACAGCAAAAAUUUAAACUGUUUCUAUUUGUUAAGUGCUGUUUUCAUUAAAGGUGUUUAAUGAAUCCCGAUACGCUCUUUCACUUGCUGUAGCUAUUUUUAUAUUUGUAAUGUUGUUUUUGACAGUUCCAAAUACUGAUGACUCAAGGAAGUUUAAAUUAAACUACAACUUAUCCAAUAAAGGAAUUUCCUAAGUAGACUUCACAAAAUACUAACUUAGAUGUUUGUUACUUGUGCUGUAUCAGAAUUUUAUUUUUUUCCAUUAAAUUGCAUUUAAUUGCU